CGUUUGGUCAACAGUCAAUCAUAAAAAUACAACAAACCACGUGCCCAAAACAUAACGAAGAAAUGACGUUCGGACUUCCGCACUGAAAUUAAAAACCUAACGCCUCAAAACUAAAUGUCGUCUUGGACUCCAAGUUGGAGUAUUGCUGUUGUUUGCAACAGGUGAGACUCAUAUCUUUUGUGAUGACGACUAACGGGGAGGAGGAUGUCAGUGCGGCCAACAGUGACAUUUCUGGUGAAGUAGAGGGCAGUGUUCCGGAGGUGUCAUGUGACAGGUGCAGGGAGCUCUUCGAGGAACUACAGAAACGGAAGAAGGAACAGACAAUUUACACGGCUCUGAAAAAGAAGAUUUCUCUAACAGACUCUCUCAUCAAGAAGUACAACAGUAAAUGUCAAGAAUUUGAUCAACAGCAAAAGAAACUCCAAGAUGUCACCAUAAAAUUGGCUUCCUCGAAAGGGGACUGCAAGGUGUUGGAAGAGCAGCUGACUGUCACACUGAAGGAGAUUGUUCCCUGGAAAUGUGACAAAAACAAGUUUUUGAAGGAAUAUGAGGAUUGCAAGAGGAGGCUGAGUGAGACAGAGGACAAGCUGAAUGGAAGCGAGGCCCUUUGUGUUCAGUUUGAGAGUAGGUUAGAGGAGAUGGAAAUUGAGUUGGAUACUGUUGUGAAGCAAAAGAAGACAGCGGAGAAAUGCAAGCAAAUGGAAAAGAAAGCCUCUGCUUACAAAGAGGAUUUGGCCAAAUGCAGAAAGGAGUUAACAGCAACCAAGAACCGAGAAUCAUCUUUAGUGACAAUAAAUCAAAAGGCAAAGAACAAGAUAUCUGAACUCGUCCAAAUCCUCCGUGAUGCUGGUUUCUCUAUUCCGAGAAUUCCUAAAUCUCUGCUAGGUGGAAAUGCAGACAGGCAUGAAGGAACAUCAAAUGAAGAAACCGAUUUUGAGACAGUUGAUGAGGUCUUCUCCCAACCUCAAAAUACCUCCUCGUCUCCGCAAAAACAAGAUUCGCCACCAGAGGAGGCAGAGCAUACUGAAGAGAGAAGAAGACCUCCACUACAGGAGGAUGCAUGCCACAAGAUAUUUGAGAGGUUCUCAACGAGUGAGAUGGUGAACUGUAUGUCUCCUCUUCCACCCUCGCCCCAGCCAUCUCUACAAGAUGAGGUACUAAGCGACUUGAGUAGUAACAUGAGUGAGGAUGACACAAGAGAUGACGAUGCCUUCUCAGAUGUUGCUGAUGAAAUCAACAACCUGAUGGAGGUGAAUUGUCAACGGGAGGAAAGCCAAGAAGGAGGUGAGAAGACUCAGGAUGAGGGGAGAAGUCGAGCAGUCGAAGAGCCUCAGCAAGCGACUCUUGAAAGAUCCAAAUUGUUAUCUCAGGUUUAUGAUGACCUUUGUGAGGAUUCUGAAGGAGAGACUACCGACAAACCGAACCCUGAUGAGAUAGUUCAGACAAAACCAAACACGACGCCAAAGAAAGAGUCCCUGAUAGAGGCUAAGCUAGAAUCAGAGGAGCUGCUUACUGAUGAUGAGGAGGAAGAGCUUAGGGAUCGCAACUCUACCUCUAGCCAAAAUGCCAAGGAUUGUGACUUGGAAGGGGUUGAAUGUGCAACACAAAAGAAACACAGCGAAAGAGAACUUACUGAUGUUGACAAGUCUAGGAGCGAUACUUCUUCAAAUGUCAGUGGCAAGGCUUCUGAAAAGAGAAAUCAGGACGAUGAAGUUUUCACAAUGGGGAGUUCAUUAUCCGAUGAGUCUGAUGAUGAGGACGGUAAAGCCAGUCCAGGAAAGAAACCCUUGGAAAAUCCAGAACAGGAGAGCUUAUCGGCUGGUAGUUUGAAAAUCUCGCCAGUGAUUCAAGGAAAAUUGUUAUCACCAAUUAAGAACGACCAUGACAAACUUGGAGACGCUAGCCUUAAAGCCCAGAAAAAGCUUCUCUUGUCUCCAGAUCAAAGAAUGACUCGAUCCCAACUCAAGAUGCUUGCUUCGCUCGGUAACGUGGAACUUACUGUUUCCUCUGAUUCAACACUAGUAUCUGAUCAUACGAGAGAGAAGUCGCAUCUUGACAAGAUCUCAUCGCCUGCUCAACGAGAGAGUAGUGUACUUCCAGACAGAACAGAAUCCAAGAGUGAUGAAAUAAAACUUUCAGCACAUGAUCCAGAGAAACUUCAAACAUCUUCCGAACUGUCCAAGUCACAUCCACAACAACCUUGCAGAAGGCCUGUCACUAGGAGCUUAUCUCAUUCUGAAACUGAAUCGUGCUCAGAGACAGCUCCUCCAUCCCCAGCCAAAUCUCGUAAAAAGAGAGCUUUGAGAUUCAAUUCAAUUUCAGACCCUGACCUUAGCUGUCAAACUCCUUUGAUGAAAUCAGACGUCAUAAAAGCAGAGAAUGAGCUAUCAACAUGCCUGGAUGCAAGUUCCCUGAACAGGCACUCUCCACGACAACUCCUACGUUCUGUUUCUCUCACAGAUGAUGCUUCUGUGAAUAAAACUGUCACAAACGAAAUACCUGAAGAAGACUCUCUGCUAUCAAAAGUUCAUCCACGUGUGUCCCAAAAAAUUUCUCCAAAAACAUUCCUGCGAUCGUCGUCUGUUCCAGGUGACACAUUAUCUGGAAAACAGGCUGAGGAUAUGCCUAGACGAAUCACAAGAUCUCAGAAGCAGCACCUUGGAAGCCCUCCUAGAAAGGAAAUAGUGUUAAAACGAUUGACCAGAUCCUCUGUCAGAAAAUCAGCCUUCAAAACUAAGUCUGAAAGUCCUGAAAUCUUAUCAAAAAAAGACAACUUACGCUUGAGAAGAAAUAGCGAAACAGUUUCUACGAAAGAAUCCAAAGUGGCGAAGAGCCUUUUUGGUAAACAGGAAAAUGUUACUGCAGAUGAUUGUACUCUUCUUAAAUCCGAUAACACUUUAGGAGAUGUGGGCCCCAAAUCAGACAACUCUUGGGGAGAGUCUGUCCAAGCUCCAUCACAGAGAAGAACAAGAGCUGCUUCAGAUGCUGUUAAUUCAGACGAUAAGAGUACAGAAAUACAGGAAGAGCCUUGUGGUAGUCAACAAAUUGACAGACAGGGUGAAUCCUUGAAAAAUGAAACUACUUUGAAAGUUGCAGAGACAGAGGUAAACCAAGUGGAGUCAGGGGCUAAACCUGAAACCAUAGACGGCUUGAAAUUACCAGAGGGGUCAACUUUGAAAGCAAGCCACAAAAUUCAAGAACUUUGUAAAAGUGGAGAUGAGUCAUUGUUGGACAGCUUGUCCAAACAGAUUCUGCAGGACAACUCUCACAUGCAUCAACCAUCACAAGCUAAAUCAUCUCUUGAGAGAAUCGACCCUCUGGAGUCUGACGUCAGAAAUAAAGUUGUUCAUGCUGAGGCAUCCUCAUAUGACUCUGAUUUGCCACUUGGAGAUGUCUCUAUUACUAAAAAAUCACCCCAAGGAGAAGGGAGUUAUCUUGAAGAUUUAAAACCAAGAACUGAUGGUGAUCAUAAAGGUUCUAUCGAAGAGAGGAGCCCGACAUGUAGUGAAGAGACCAAUACUAGAAGCUUGACUCCUGAGCUAAAACCAAGUUCAUCUAAGAGGACCAUUUUGGAUGUUGAGGAACGAAUUCUCAAGAAGCCUAAACUUUCAUUCCAUACCACAGAAAAUGACAAACAAGACUCAAAAUGCUUUGGUACCAUGACUUCUGAAUCCACAUCUGAGGUGGAUGCUCUCACUGAAAAUACCCUUAACGUAGAAGGUGAAGGUAAUGAAGAGGAAGCUGUGCCAGAUGGAUCUGAACUAAACCAAAAUCGUUGCCAAGUUUCUGAAGAUUACCCCGAAGAUGAGCAAGUGCAACAAAGCAUUGGGGAAGAAGCUGAAACAGGGUUGAGUGAAGAGGCUCAAGUUACAGAGACAAACAAAAGGAGGACUUCUAUUGAGCUGAGCCCAAAUGCUAGCAGAGAAGAGCUUACCCUGGAAGAAGUUGAUAGUGCUGAUGCACGAUCAGAGCACAACCUUCAGGGAGGUAAUGCGGCAUUGACAGAAGAAGAAAGUGAGGGAAAAGAUGAGAUGAUGGAAGGUGUUGAGACCAAUCAAAUAGGUUGUCAAGGGAAUUCUGACCUUGAGGCUGUCUUCACAACUGAAGAGGGUGCCACUGCAUCAGUCGAACCAAGUCUUGCUGUCUCUGAACAGACAUCAUCAUGUGGAACCAAGUCAAACUCUAUUACCGGAGGUGAGGAUGCUGAUCUAGACGAUAAACAGCAACAAACAGCUGAUAAAAAUGAGAUAAAAGGCAGCAGGAGUGGCAUUGUUGAAGGUUCAGUAAACAAGGAAGGAGAAAGUGACAUCAGCUUUGAUGAAGUAGAGCAAGAUGUCGCCCAUCAGGCUCCAGAAGACUCAAGAGAUACUUCAGAUAAAGCAAGCAGCAUCACUUCUUUGCUGCCGAGAGCUGUUUGUCAAUUAGAAAGAUUCUUAUUGGAUUCUUCUUCCUCCACACAAGAAGGAAUACCUUGUAACAGCAAUGCUUCCCAGGUUGUUUGUGUAGAGGCAGAAUCGUCUAGAGCUAGCACACCGACCACAGACAUCCUGAGCAUUAACUCUAUGUCUGGUCACAUUUCCCCAGUCUCUCCUCUUUCUUUCCAGGAGUCGGACAGGACAAGUCCCCUCUCACCCCUGGCGUCCGCUCCUCAAAGCCCUCUUGUCUCACCACUCAGUCCAUCUCCAAAUAUAUUUGAUUCCCUUGUUGCUCUUCCAAGAAUACUAUCUCCCUUGCCACCCUCGCCAGGAUCCCCAGAAUUAGACUUAGAUGAAGAUACUGUUGAGCAAUCGGCACCGAGAGGUGUCGUAUCAGUUGAUGUGGUCAAUCGACCAAGGAUGAUUUCUCCACUCUUCCCAACUCCAGUCCCGCCGGUUGUUUCCCCACUCUUGGAGCCUCCUAUUCCCCAUGUCCUGUCCCCACUCAGUGAUACCUCUCCUCAGAGACUUAGUGAUUUUGCUCUCCGUGACCGCAGUCCAAUGAUCUCCCCCUUGAGGAAUCCCCUCAUCCCUUCACCCUGCAAUUUUCAUGCAGAAGCUCCUAGAGAUGCCUUAUCUGUGAGACCCCAGCACCUCCCAACUCCUAGGAGGCAGCCAGCGUCUCGUUGCCUUGCAGCAUCUUUCACUAUUGCAACCAGUCCUCCUGGCAUGAGCCUAGCUCCUGAGAUCAUUAGUCCGAGACUCCACUCCCUGGCUUCAGAGCUGGUGUUUGAAUUUGGAGAGUCUCAACCAAGUACAUCCGGGUUUCAGAGGCAGCGACUCUCAAACAUCGCACCAAGUGUUACAUAUGAUGAGGCUGGAACUAAUACAUCGGAUAAAGUCGGCAAUGAAGAAAAAUCAAAGGAGGAUGAAGAACAGAUACCAACUUCUGUGAAACGCGGUUUUAAGAAAAUUCAUGCAAAACCAAGUGCCAAGAAUGAGGCUGCGGUAGAGAAAAUGCCUGAAACAUCAAUAAAAGUAGAUUUGAGUGGACAAAAUGAACCAGAGAGCCAUAAUGUACCUGAGCAAAAACGAGAGAAAUCUUCAGUCACUAGUUUGAAAACGUUAAAAACACCCAAAAGGACAGAGACUAAUAAUGAUGAUCCUCCCAAAACGAGAAGGCGAAUUAAGCAGAAUUCAGCUGAUGAAGUGGUUGAUGAUAAGUCAGUUGGAAAGUUUAGUAGGAGGAAGAAGGCCAAACAUUCAUCAGAGUCUAACAACUUGGUGCAAUCUCAAACUUCUGAAGACUCGGAAAAUAACAAGUCCAAAAGAUGUACAAGAAGUCGAUCUUGUGUACCAACGGAUCCCAAUCUUUCGGGAUCUAGUUUGUCAACUCCGUCAUCUUUGCUUCAACGAAAAAGUGAUGUUGAAAAGAACUCUGAGACCACUCUUAAGUCUUCCAAGAGAAGGAAGAAUUCCAGAAAUAGAUCUGGAGAAUCGCAAGUUAACGAGAGGAGCAUUGAUCCAGGAGUAGAUGGAUGCAGCGACCCUUCUUUCAUGGAAACAUCUAGAGACUUUGCAUCUACUCAACAUGGUUCUCUAAAUCAACCAGUGGGACCAAGUACCAUGUCAGAAAGAAGACAGGCACUUCUCAUACAAGCAUGUGAAAUUAAAAAGGUUUCUGGCUUCAAGAAAUCCGGCUCUUUGCGAAAGACGAAAGACUCAAUGCAUGAGCCAGAAGCUUUAGCGAGGGCAAGGGACUCUGAUCAUUUGACUAAUGCAGAUUCAGAGAAAGCAAAAGCAACACAAGAGAACCAAGGCACUGGUGAGGGAAAACCUCAUUCCAGGGAGCCAAAGGCGGUUGAGAAAAAUCCUUUAUCCGAGAACUUUAGAAUUGAAAAGAAUCUUUGUGAAAACGGCUCAAUUUAUCGGAAUCAACCUCAAGAAGACGUUGCACCAGCUCCUGGUGAUAAUACCAACUCGUAUAAAGAUUUAGCUGAAGAGCAAUGCAACAGCAACAAGAGAACCAACCAAACGCCGAGACCAACUGGUGGUAGCCUACAGAUACCAACAACUUUCACGACCAUGUCUCGGAUCGAUUCCCAAGACCAGCAGGCAACUCUACCCAAGGCCAUCCAGGUAAAAUCCAACAUCGGCAGUGUCUGGGGAAAUAUCGCCUCUCGUAAAGAUCCUAGACAUGACCUUUUCAAUCGCGGUAAGAAAAAUAAAGUCAGGGAUCCAAAAACAGGCCAUGGUGAUCAAAGCCUUACACUUAGGGGUACAGUAAAGACUGACCCAGAAGGAAAUCCAAACCCCAGGCUGACUGAUCAUCAAGAAGCCAUGAGAGGCAAGUCUCAGUUUCAAUUGGACAACAGUGAUGCCUUCUCCUCAGAUGCAGCGUCCAUUUUCUCACCGAGAAAUCCUCCGCCUCAUCAGAGGAUGGAGAAACAAACUGCCCAGAGACCCUGGUCAUCAAAACCAACCAAAACCAACUUAUCAGACUGCAAGAUCGAUAAAACCAAGACCUCAGAUACAGGUACCUUCACUCAAAGUACCAAUCCAACAAAGACACUUCUGCCAAGUGUAGCCGAAGACUUGAGAAGUGGAUCUGAUAAACAAAAGGUUGAUUCUGUUGAAGACUUACACAGUGCGAGCGUGAGAGCUGCUGCAUCCAAGAAGUCAGGCUCUUCUUCUUUGAUCCAUGGGAGGCAAACUGGGCCAGGAGGAGUCAAAGAGUGGACUGCGGGAGAAUCCCCAAUGCAGACCAGUCAUAUUCCAGAUCCUGCUAGGUCCAAAGGGGACAUUAAGGGCAGGAAGAGACCUGUUGUCGGAAAUUCAGGACAGUACAUCAAAGAGCAGCCCUCCGCUAAGAUGGCAAAGAUUAUGACCCCUGGACAACCCUUGACCCUUUCAAGGUCAGGGUUCACACAGCCUGUCUCAGAUGUGGAAGCUUUAAUUCAUCAUAUUAAAGAGCUGAAAUCAGACUCUGACGUCACACCUGUAAUUGCUGAGGUUGUAAACUUUUUAGGCAGCAGUGCCAUCAGUCUGAUGCCAUCCAUUCGCGCCAAGUGUUGGACCAAGAACACCAGCAGCAAGGCAAUGCUUCUACCCCAUGAACAGGAGCUUGUUACAGGCAUUAUGGAGUCAGUCUUUGCAACCACGAAAUCCCACAUGAGCCAGCUUAUGAUGUGCCUGUCCAGAAAAGUUCAACAAGCUGUUCCCACUGAGUCGAAUCCUAGGGUCGUCGUUGGCGCUGCAUGCUGUAGGAUGAUAGCCGCACUUGCCAGGCAAAUAGGAGCCAUCAAUAGAAUACGAGUCUUGUGUUUUGACCUCGUACGGGAAGAGAUUCCAGAUGCUGCAGAGCUUCUGUUGAAUGUGGCCGUCACAUGGACAACUGUCUUGAAAAGAAAGGUCGGAGCUAGAGCUCUCCCUCUUUGUGAUGCGUUGGAGAUGAUUGUAAUGCAACGUCUUGCAAAUGCUGCAGCCGCUAAGGAUCAACACGCCCAACAGAUGAUGGACUGUUUCCAAUCUAUCUGUGGAUGGAAUGUCCCAAUUGAGAAUGCCAUCGUUGAAAGCUGUUGUCAAGUUCUUGUUUCCCUUCAAGAUGUUACCAUAACCAAGUUCUACCUAUCAGUGAUUUCAGAACCUAGGGUUGCAAGUUUAACAUCCAAGUCGUACGAGCUUGUGAAGACCGUUGAAGUGUAUGCUCAACACCUCGGUUGGGAAUGGACCAAUGACUUCCUCAUCAGGGAGAAGCUUUGGCCUGUACUGAAGAUCUGGAGUCAAGGCUUACUACAGGCUACCAGUCCAGCAGGAACCGGUCCAGACCGGUUGAAACCGGAUGGCACUGGUAUAGGUGUGGAAACACCGGCUGAUGCAUCGGCGUGUGCUGUCAUGAAGAUAAUCGGGAACGUUGCAUCACUGGGACUGAAACGAAACAGACAGUCAGUGUAUGAGAUUCUUAAGAUGCUAGCAGGAGUCCUCCAACAACCAACGGAAUCGGUUCCGUUGACCGUCCAGUUCUGCACGGCAGACGCAGUCCUAAGUCUCUCUCCUAGUAACCCGACAUUUGCCCUCGCUGUUCUACAACUGUGGAAGAAGAAACAGCUGGCAUUGCUCCCCUCCAGAAUCAAAGACAAGAUGGCCGUCCUAACAAAGGUCGCUUGUGCUGCUUCAGGCGUAACUAAUUAGUGACUUGUGGCAGGGGUUCGACUUCACUCGUUUCAGACAGGCGCGCCGAACCAAAUAGAUUAGGAGCGACUCUAGGUCGACCCAAAUAAGUUUUGGUUUCAGACA